AUGGAAACAAGAUCUGCUGCCAAGAAAAGAAAGCUUCUCAUUUUCUACAACCAAAACGAUCAAAUCGACGAUGACAAGAGCAGCAGAUGCAGAAGCAUUGACCGAAUAAGUGACCUCCCGGACGCGGUUCUCCACCACAUCCUCUUCCUCCUACCCAUCAAAACCGUCGCCCAAACCAGCGUCUUAUCAAAACGGUGGCGUGAUAUCUGGUCCUCAUUCCCUGACCUAGACUUCACCACUUUAAACCCGAAUAUCAUAAUAUCCUCUACCACCACCGGAAGAUCGCAUUCAUUAUCAAGGCCAAACUCUCAAAAUUCUAAAGAAGCCGACUUCAUAAGGCAAGUCCUAACCCUCCGCGACAAGCACUCUGGUAUUCGGAUCCUCAGAUUUCGUUCUCGGUUGAGUUUCUCUCGCCUUAAUGGCCUGAUCCGCCUCGCCAUCCGGCGCAAUGUGCAGGAGCUGGACGUGGAUGUAGCCACCGAGGAUUACUUCAACUUCCCUCGAUGUGUGAUUGCCAGUGAGUCUUUACGAGUUUUCAAAAUGAAAUCUCUUGACCCUGGUUUCAGAUUGCCCCCUUCAUCUGUGAUGACCAGUGGAUUUAAAUCCCUCCAAUCACUGUCGCUUUCGCGCAUUAUUUUAAACAACCAGCCUUCUCUCUCGGAUAUGUUCACCGACUCUUCUUUCCCUAUGCUCAAGAAACUGAGCCUGGAUGCCUGUUUCGGGUUGAAACACCUUCUGGUUGGGUGCCGGGCGAUUGAGGAUUUAACCUUGGAAAACUGUUUUCAGCUUCAAGGGUUGGAUGUUUCGGGUGGGAAAUUGGAGAGGUUGAAAAUUGGGAGUUGUUUUGAUGUUUAUGUUGUUAAGAGUUGGGUGAAGAUUAAUGCACCGAGACUUAGAAUUAUUCUUUGGAAACAUAAUGCUAUUACUGAUAGUUGUUCUAUAGAGAAUUUGAGUUCUCUGCAAGAGGCUUACGUUGGUUUCUUUCGUGUGCGGGAAGAUAUUAGUGUGGCAAAGCUUCAUAGUGUGUCCAAUCUUUUUAUGGGACUCUCUCAUGCCCAUUGCUUGACACUUGAAAGCCAAUGCAUUGAGAUUCUAUCAAACAGUAAUUAUUUUGCAGUUUAUCUAAAUCCCUUUCACAAUCUCAAAUCUUUGGAGCUGCAUACGUGUUUCAACAAGAAUAAUGUCCCAGGAUUGGCGUGCAUAUUCAAGAGUUCUCCCAUGCUCCACACACUGAUUCUCAACAUUAUAAAUGAUUACAAGACUGUAAGGAAACAAUGGAAUAAGGAUAUGUGGGAAAUGUCCAACUCGGAGGAAGAAAAGUACUGGGAAUCUCAAACCCAAAUCUUGAAGCCCUUCCUACAAAACCUUAAGGUGGUAAAGAUUCAUGGGUUUUUAGAGUACGAGAAUGAAGUUAGUCUAGCCAAGUUCUUGCUAAAGCAUGGAAAGGCCUUGGAAGAAAUGAUUCUGUGCACUGGACACUGCAAAGCUAGAUAUUCUCUCCAGCGACAAAAGAUUAGGUCACAGAUGAUGGGAUUUUCUUGGGCGUCUUCUAGUGCUAAAAUUGCCUUUCAUUGA